GCGGUGGGUGGUGGAUGUCUUUAUUGUAUUCCCCUCGUCUUUCCAAGGUCUUAUUUUUAUGGGAGUUUAAUGGAAGGAAGAUAGAAACAAUGAGGCACGGAGGGGGGGUUUUAGUGUAGAGAGAGAGAGACACAUAAGAGAGAGAAAGGGACUUCGUGGAGUGGGAGGAGGAGGAGGAGGUUUCGAGGGGGGAGACAUGUUCAGCUUGAUCCCAACAGUACUGUUCUUUGCUUCUUCCCUCCUAAACCAGAUCCUACACAGCUGAUAUCUGAAUGAGUUGAGAGGAGCUCAUUUCUUGUUCACCGUCUACUUGAAUUUGGAUCACUUUAAAAAUUGCCGGAACUAGAUGCCUAUAAGAAUCCAGAACUUGCCGAAGAAAAGUUUCGAUCAAGGUUCGAUCCUCUCAAUGCCUCAUGUCGGGGUAACUUACCCACCGUGGUGGAACCCAAAUGAACAGCAACUUCCACCAUCUAUACCCAAAAGUAGUGGUUUGAAAGUGGAAUCUCCACCCGUGCUCCAUCACCAAGCAAAGCAUUUAGGUCUUCAAAUGCAAGAACAGGAAUCGUCUUCAACUCAAUCAGCUGGCAAUUCUUGCCAUGAAGUGAGUGUCGUGGGUGGGGCCAACUCUCAAGAUCAAAGCAUUUCAUCUGAAUCUGGUCAAGAUGAAAGUUGCGGCAGGAGCUUUGAAGGUCAGACAAAGCCAAUGUUCUUAUUCAACAAUCCGGAGAUUGUCUUCAAUUCUUCACUAGCUGAUCAAAGCCAACCUCUGAUCCGUGUUCCAUAUCCCCCGGUCGAUCCUUAUUUCGGUGGGUUGCUGACUGCUUACAGACCGCAAGCUAUUAUUCAAUCCCAGGUAGGAUCUCAAAUGUUAGGGAUGGCACCUGGACGUGUUCCAUUGCCACUUAACCUUGCAGACGACGGACCAAUCUACGUCAAUGCAAAACAAUAUCAUGGAAUUCUUCGGAGGAGGCAGUCACGUGCAAAGCUGGAGGCUCAAAACAAACUAGUCAAAGCUCGAAAGCCUUAUCUUCAUGAGUCGAGGCAUAUUCAUGCCCUAAAUAGGGUCAGAGGAUCAGGCGGCCGCUUCCUCAGCAUGAAAAAGCUUCAGCAGCUCGACCCAGCUUCAAGCAGUCACAGCCCGUGUGGCACUGGACCCAGAGCUCAAAAUAAAGACGCUUGUGGACCAGAAACUCACCACGUGGGAGCCAGUGAGCGGCAGUUCACUUCGACCAUGGCCAGUUCCAAUGUCUUGAGCAUGUCAAACAGCAACGCGGACUUCUACCCAGAUAGCAGGUUCUCCGGGAUCUCCGCCCACAUGGCAGGAGCAAUGCAGUGCAACGAGGGGCUCAUGCACGGCGGCGCAGCCCAGCACUGCUCUUCAUCCGUCCGGUGAGCGAGUGGUGCAAAGUCCUAAACCACUACAGCACUGGACAGGGCAAAUCAUCCUUGGCUUUGUUAGGUUUAAUUCCCAACCGUUUCAUACUUCGGUCGCACGAUGACGCCGUGUUGUCACUGAUACUGUUUUACUGAUGUUGAUUGGGAAAUUCAAGUUAGAUGUGUCGGUAGAUUCGUGGAUGUGUCCAUGAAGCAUUCCGGGUCAUCCCGGUUCUUCGCGGGGUAUGUUGUAGUUGUUCACUGCAUGUCUCUGUCUGUGUUUGCUUAAGAAAUUGCCGUACACAUUACUUCUGGCCUGCAGGAAAAGAAAAGUUCUGCACAUUAGAGUCAAGCUUUACUUGGUUAA